AUGGUAGCAAUUAGCCAAGAUAAUCAACUGUUGUCCAAGAUUGCGACGAGCAACGGGCACGGCGAAAACUCGGCUUAUUUCGAUGGUUGGAAGGCUUAUGACAGUGAUCCUUAUCAUCCCACAAAAAAUCCCAAUGGAGUUAUUCAGAUGGGAUUAGCAGAAAACCAGCUUUCUUUUGAUUUGGUCCAAGAAUGGAUUUUGAAUAAUCCAGAGGCCUCAAUAUGCACAUCUGAAGGAGUUCAUGAUUUCAGGGACAUAGCUCUUUAUCAAGAUUAUCAUGGCUUGCCACAAUUCAGAAAUGCUGUUGCAAGGUUCAUGGAGAGAGUGAGAGGAAACAGAGUCCGGUUCGACGCGAACCGUAUAGUGAUGAGUGGCGGGGCAACCGGAGCUCAAGAGACAUUAACGUUUUGCUUAGCUGACCCUGGUGAUGCAUUCUUGGUGCCCACACCUUAUUAUCCUGGAAACGAUCGCGACCUAACAUGGCGGACGGGAGUAAAACUCAUCCCGGUCGUUUGCGAGAGCUCCAACAAUUUUAAAAUCACCCGCGAAGCCCUCGAGUCCGCAUACGAAAACGCGCGAAAGUCAAACAUCAAAGUCAAAGGCCUUCUCCUAAACAACCCGUCGAACCCCUUAGGCACGGUUCUCGACCGAGAAAUCCUACGAGACUCCCUAAAUUUCACCAACCAAAAGAACAUCCACUUAAUAUGCGACGAGAUCUACUCUGCCACCGUUUUUGACCGUCCCGAUUUCAUCGGGAUCUCUGAAAUAAUCCAAGAGAAUCCUAAUUAUUACAACCUCAACUUGGUCCACAUCGUGUAUAGCUUGUCGAAAGAUCUCGGGUUCCCCGGUUUUCGUGUCGGCAUAAUCUACUCGUACAACGACGCAGUCGUGAACUGCGCUCGGAAAAUGUCGAGCUUCGGCCUCGUCUCCACACAAACGCAACACCUAAUAGCUUCGAUGCUAUCGGACGAGGCUUUUGUUGACCGGUUUUUGACCGAGAGCUCGACAAGGCUCGGGGAAAGGCACGCGGUUAUCUCUCGAGGGUUGGGUCGAGUGGGUAUCGGGAGCUUAAAGAGCAAUGCCGGGCUUUACUUGUGGAUGGAUUUGAGGAGGCUACUAAAGGAGGCCACUUUCGAGGCGGAGCUCGAGCUUUGGAGAGUGAUCGUUAACGAGGUUCGGCUAAACGUGUCGCCGGGUGCGUCAUUCCAUUGCUCGGAGCCCGGGUGGUUUAGGGUUUGCUUCGCCAACAUGGACGACGAGACGUUGGAGGUGGCGCUGACGAGGAUCGUUAAGUUCGUGGCAGGGAAGAGAAGUGCGCCCGAGUCGGGAGGUCGGAAGCAGAGUUGCCGGAGGAGGAAGCUCGAGAUUAGCCUAUCGUUUAGGCGGCUUGACGAUGUAUCGGCUCACUCGCCCAUGUCAUCGCCGCUCGUGCAAGCUAGGACGUGA